AUGGAAGUGAGAUGUCGUCCAGCGGUGAUGUGUUGUGUUUUCGCCAUCCUCUUCUCCGUGGUUCCCCGGUCGCUGGAGUCCUCUUACAGGGACAGACAGUACCUGAACGAGUGGGCAGUGGAGAUCCCAGGCGGACUGGCCGCUGCGGAGGGGAUCGCCAGAGAGCUGGACUACAAACUGGUCCGACAGAUCGGGGCCCUGGAAGACCAUUUCUUGUUCAAACACCGCAAUCAUCCUAGCAGAAUGAAACGAAGCGCCAGCCAUAUCACCAGGCGGCUGUCGGAGGAUGAUCGGGUGUUGUGGGCAGAGCAGCAGUACGAGAAACGUCGCAGCAAGCGAGCUUCCCUGGGGGAGUGCAGGGACUGCCCAGUGGAUAAGCUGUUUGAUGAUCCCAUGUGGAACCAGCAGUGGUACCUGCAAGACACACGGACUUCUUCUUCGCUGCCAAAGCUGGACCUGCACGUGAUCCCUGUGUGGCAGAAAGGCAUCACAGGAAAAGGAGUGGUCAUCACCGUUCUGGAUGACGGGCUGGAGUGGAACCACACAGACAUCUACUCCAACUACGAUGCAGCAGCCAGCUACGAUUAUAACGACAACGACCCGGACCCUUUCCCCAGAUACGACUCCACUAAUGAAAACAAACAUGGGACCAGGUGUGCUGGGGAGAUCGCUAUGCAGGCAGACAACAAUAAAUGUGGUGUUGGGGUGGCAUACAACUCCAAGGUUGGAGGGAUUCGAAUGCUGGAUGGGAUUGUGACUGAUGCCAUCGAGGCCAGCUCUAUUGGGUUCAAUCCAAACCAUGUGGACAUCUACAGUGCCAGCUGGGGACCCAACGAUGAUGGCAAGACAGUGGAGGGCCCUGGCCGCCUGGCCCAGAAGGCAUUUGAAUACGGUAUCCAGAAGGGCCGUGGUGGAAAAGGCUCUAUCUUUGUUUGGGCAUCAGGUAAUGGUGGGCGCCAGGGCGAUAACUGUGACUGUGACGGUUACACAGACAGCAUCUACACCAUCUCAAUCAGCAGUGCCUCCCAGCAGGGCCUGUCCCCGUGGUACGCUGAGAAGUGCUCCUCCACUCUGGCUACAGCAUACAGCAGUGGAGACUACACCGACCAGAGGAUUACGAGUGCUGAUCUGCACAAUGAGUGCACUCAGACUCACACUGGAACAUCGGCCUCUGCCCCCCUAGCUGCUGGUAUAUUCGCUCUGGCACUGGAACAAAACCCAGAUCUUACCUGGAGAGACUUGCAGCACAUUGUGGUCUGGACCUCAGAGUUCGAUCCUUUGGCCAAUAACCCAGGCUGGAAGAGGAACGGAGCGGGGCUGAUGGUCAACAGCCGCUUUGGUUUUGGCCUUCUCAACGCUAAAGCCCUGGUGGACCUCGCCGACCCAGCCUCUUGGAAGCAUGUGCCUGAAAAGAAGCAAUGCAUCGUCAGGGAUGAUUCUUUCCAGCCCAGGGAGCUGAAAGCAGCAGGGGAGAUCACUAUAGAGAUUCCAACCAAAGCCUGCGCAGGGCAGGAGAACGCGGUCAGCUCAUUGGAGCAUGUGCAGGUGGAGGCCAGCAUUGAAUACACCAGGAGAGGGGACCUGCACAUAACACUCACCUCCCCAGCCGGCACAAGCACAGUGCUGCUGGCUGAGCGGGAGAGGGACACAUCCUCUAAUGGCUUCAGGAACUGGGACUUUAUGUCUGUUCAUACAUGGGGAGAAGAUCCUGCUGGUACAUGGACCCUAAAGAUCACAGAUACUUCGGGCCGUAUGCAGAACGAAGGUCAGAUUUUGGACUGGAAGCUGAUUCUUCAUGGGACGUCAGAGAAGCCAGAGCACAUGAAGAAACCUAGAGUGUACAUUCCCUACAAUGCAGUGCAGAAUGACCGCCGUGGUGUGGAACAUAUGGAUGACAUGAUGGAGGAGCCCACACAGGCCUAUCCACCUCCAAAGACUGAGACUGCACAAGAUUCCCUUCCUUCCAACCCAGAGAAGGACCCCAGAAAGCCUUCUAAUCCACCCUACUCCCCCUCCAUGGCCCUGCUGCGUCUUCUUCAGACGGCCUUCAACAGGCAGACCCCUGCCCUGCAGCAGCCCCAGUCUGUAGCCAAGCCCUCCUCCACCUGGAGGAAGCAGCAGCCGGGCCAGAGCCUCUCUCCUCCUGCAACAAGACUCCCCUCUCAAUCAUUGUACCAGGCUCUGGACAUCAUCAACAAGUACCGGGGCCGGGCCCCCGAGGACAGUGUCUACAGUGAUUACACGGAUGGCUUCUACAGCACCAAGCCGUACAGGCACAGAGAUGACCGACUGCUGCAGGCCCUGUUUGAGAUGAUAGAUGAUGACCGCAAUUGAAGGCCCUGAGGAAAGGGGAG